CUUCCGGGCGCCUAUGAACGUCACAUCCGGGAAGCGGUGUCACCGGGCUGUGUGUAUAACAGAGGGUCUGUACAGCGGAGUGACGUCUUGUGUGGCUCGUAGAGCAGCAGAUCCUUUGCCCAUCACGAUGGGUGAGCCCCAGCAAGUGAGCGCUUUGCCCCUUCCACCCUUGCAGUACAUCAAGGAAUACUCAGAUGAAAAUGUCCGUAAAGGAUUAGUCCCUAAACCUCCUCCUCCAGUGAAGGACAGCUAUAUGAUGUUUGGCAACCAGUUCCAGUGCGACGACCUGAUCAUACGACCCCUGGAGAGUCAGGGUAUUGAACGGCUCCAUCCUCAGCAGUUUGACCACAAGAAGGAGCUGAGAAAACUCAACAUGUCCAUCCUGAUCAACUUUCUAGAUCUGCUGGAUAUUCUUAUCCGGAGCCCUGGAAGUAUAAAGCGUGAGGAGAAGCUGGAAGACCUGAAGCUGCUGUUUGUUCACAUGCAUCACCUUAUCAAUGAGUACCGGCCCCACCAAGCCCGCGAGACCCUGCGAGUCAUGAUGGAAGUGCAGAAGAGACAACGUCUGGAGACGGCUGAGAGGUUUCAGAAACACUUGGAGCGGGUGGCGGAGAUGAUACAGAACUGUCUGGCCUCGUUGCCGGAUGACCUGCCUUUACCUGAUACUGGAGUCACCAUUAAGACUGAACCUAUGGAGAUGCAGGAACCCAGUAUAGACCAACAGGAUGUUCCCCCGGAGGCGUCGGCCUCUGUUAAAGAGACAGUAGAUAAAGAUGCCGCCAUGUGUGUUAUCAUUGAUGAGAUGACAUAAAGUGCAUUUAUAGGACUACCUCUGGGAACUUGCUGAGGUUUCUUGGGCCCAGACUGUAUAUAGUUUCUCGUGACCCACUCUUAGCUCCAUUGUUCACCUUGGACAUGUUGAUGGGUGUUUUUUAUAAAGAAAAACUGCAGCAGUUCAUUGCGCUGGGCUAAUGUUAUUGUCUCAGGAAUUUAUUAUUUUUUGCGCAUAGAAAUGUUCCAUAGUAGUCGGCGUUACAUAGUUCUACAUGUCAUGUUACAGCAGGUUUAUCCACCCAGUGGGUGGUCUUCAUAAUGUUUUUUUUCUUUUCUUUCAUGUGCAUAAGUAAAUAUUGAAGUUUAUAAGUCGUGAGUUUAUGUAUUUUAUUCUGGGUUGUUUUGGGCAUGUUUUGUAUUCGUCAAUGGGUUCAUGAACUGCAUCAUUAGACAGGCAGACAUGUCAGAAAUUUUGAUUGCUCAGGGCAGCGUUUCCCAACCAGGGUGCCUCCAGCUGUUGCAAAACUACAAUCCCCAGCAUGCGCGGACAGCCGAAGGCUGUAGUUUUGCAACAGCUGGAGGCACCCUGGUUGGGAAACACUGGCUCAGGGUCUUAGUGUUCAGGCCCAUGACCGAUCUCUAGAUAUUGGCGGGAGAACCUCUAGAUAGAUCUAUGGAGAUUGCAGGCAGCCGAUGUCCUACUGCAUAUUUCUCCCGGCUAUAUCUGGAGAACAGUUGGAGUCUGACUUGUCAAAGAUUUUCUUAAUGACAGGGACCCUGUCAUUUAAAGGGUAUUGUUAUCUUAUAAUGCUAGGACAG